AUGAAGAUCUCCCUUGCCUUGCUGGCAGCUGUCGCCUGCUUUGAACAGGCCAAUGCUACCAUUAACCUGGGCAAAUUCAAGCAACAGUUCCUUGGCGCCCCCGUCUUCAACACACCAAACAACCUUGACAAUGUCUGCAGCACUGAGCAGCAAAAGGGGUGGGACUUUCAAGACCUCAAACCCAAGCAAGAGAUCAAGGAGUACCAGGGCUUUUCCAUGCAGGGCUUCUCUUCCGACCAAGAGGACGACACGGAGAAGCGCUCCACCUUGGGACGCCGCACCUUCAAGAAGCUCCUUAGCUGCGGUUGCAAGCAAACGGUAGCCGAGGCCCCUUCCAUUUCCGGGAAGAAGGGGUUCUCCAUCAAGGAAGUCAAGGUUUCCUGCGCCAGGGAGGGCAACAUCAAGCUCAGCUACUCGAUGCCCAACGGCAAUAUCUGUGAGACCUUCGCCGGCUGCGGCAAGCGCAUGUCCACUGUCACCAACGACCAGUGCGGUGGUGCCAUUAAGGUCUCCUUUCUCUACAUGGAUGGCGGCAAGCUCGAAAGGAUCAUGGCGAAGUUGGGAAAAUGCAGCAUCAAGGUCUACCAGAUCAUCUGGAACUGCGGAAAGAACAAGCCUCCCCCUCCCCAGACUGUCACCCGUGGUGGCGAGACUGUCACCCGCGGCGGCACGACGGUUACUUUGGCUCCUCCCCCGGCGCAAACUGUCACCAAGCCUGGAGAGACUGUCACUCGUCCCGGUGAGACGGUCACCCGUCCCGGACAGACGGUCACUCGGCCCGGCAAAACUGUCACCCGCGGCGGCGAGACCAUUGUCCAGCCCCCUCCCCCAGCAGAGACUGUCACCCGUCCCGGCGAAACUGUCACUCGUCCCCGCGAGACGGACACCCAGCCCGGUAUGACGGUUACUCGCGGCGGCGAAACCAUUGUCCAGCCCCCUCCUCCGGGCCAGACUGUCACCCGACCUAGUGAGACGGUCACCCGCGGCGGCGAGGGCAGCUCGACGUGCAUCACGACAUCUGUAGUCACCUGCUCUGCUGGAUCUCCCGCUGCCUCCGCCGUUCCCGAAUGCGCGGCAGUGCCCCCCGGCAGCCCCUCCGCCAUCACCAAGACGGGCACCGCCACUGGCACCAACUGCCCGGCCACGCCGACUGGUGGAGCGGGGAAACCUCCAGGGGAGCAGCCGCCUCCACCUGGACAGCAGACGCCUCCUGGACAGCAGCCGCCUCCGCCUGGACAGCAGCCGCCUCCACCUGGACAGCAGCCGCCUCCGCCUGGACAGCAGCCGCCUCCGCCUGGACAGCAGCCGCCUCCUGGACAGCAGCCGCCUCCGCCUGGACAGCAGCCGCCUCCACCUGGACAGCAGCCGCCUCCGCCUGGACAGCAGCCGCCUCCGCCUGGACAGCAGCCGCCUCCGCCUGGACAGCAGCCGCCUCCGCCUGGGCAGCAGCCGCCUCUGGGACAGCAGCCGCCUCCGCCGGGACAGCCGACGCCUCCUGGACAGCAGACGCCUCCUGGAGGGCAGCCGUCUCCUCCUGGAGGGCAGCCGUCUCCUCCUGGACAGCAGACGCCUCCUGGCGAGCAGACGCCUCCUGGCGAGCAGACGCCUCCGCCUGGACAGCAGACGCCUCCUGGAGAGCAGCCACCUGCUGGACAGCAGCCGCCUGCUGGCAACCUGCCCUGCCCCAUCAUGGUUCCCUCGUGCAUCAACACCUUUUUGAUGAUGGACAUGGGAAUGAAGUGCAAGGACAAUCUGGAUGUUGGAUGCUUCUGCUCCAAUGUUAAGUUCACCGAGGCACUCUACUCUUGCUUCUAUGCUCGUCGCGGCAAUGAUGACGAGUUCAUCAAGGCCCAGAUGUUCCUCCAGGGCAUGUGCGCCCAGUUCAUCCCCAAAAACCCUAACAUUGCUACUGGUGGUCAGGCCAUCACCUCGGUCAUCACCGUCACCGGCACACCCCGCUAUGAACAGACCGAUUACACCACGGUCAUGGUUCCCAACACCGUCAGCGAAGGCAGUACUACCAAGGUUGUCACCAGCACGCUAGCCAUUCCUCAAAUCGUUCUCCCGGCUGCUGGUCCCGGUGCCCCCACCGGUAUCCCCGAACCACCCGAGACGGGCAAGACCGGGGGUCCUUCCUCUGGGUCCGAAUCAGGCUCAGACUCUAGCUCCGGCUCUAGCUCCGGCUCUAGCUCCGGCUCUAGCUCCGGUCCCGGCUCUAGCUCCGGCUCUAGCUCCGGUCCCGGCUCUAGCUCCGGCUCUAGCUCCGGUCCCGGCUCCGGCUUAGGCUCAGGCUCCGGAAGUGGCGAUGCUAGACCUGGCAGCCCGGUCUCCCCUCCGAAUGUCAUCGGAACCGGCACUGGUGGCAUCCCCGCACCGACUGGCAGCGGUUUCCCGGUGACCGCCGGAGCCACCCGCGUCGGUGUCAGCUUCGGCGCCGGCCUGGCCAUUAUGGCUGCCAUUGUCGCUCUGUAA